AUGUGCGACCUUUGCACACGCAACAAGAAGGUGUUCACCCACGAACAUGAGCUUUUCACGAUGGCCGAGCUGCGCAAGCAUGAAAAACACGGAGACGAUGUACCGGGCGCCGUGGACCAGAGUGGCUUCAAAGGACACCCCGAGUGUGGUUUCUGUCGCCAGCGGUUCUACGGAGAUGACGAACUCUAUGCUCAUUGCCGUGAUCGCCACGAACGAUGCCACAUCUGCGACCGACAGUCUAGUACUCGCCAGCAACAGUAUUACAUCGACUACAAUGCGCUUGAAGAUCAUUUCCAGAAGGACCAUUUCCUGUGCUUGGACAAAGAGUGUUUGGAGAAAAAGUUCGUCGUGUUCGAGUCCCAAAUGGACCUCAAAGCCCACCAGCUAGAGUGUCACCCCAACGGACUCUCAAAGGAUGCCAGGCGUGAUGCACGGACCGUGGAUCUUUCGGCAUUCGACUACAGAUCGCCCUACCAGCCCCAAAGACAACGCCGUGGUGCCGGUCGAGGACGUGACCCCAAUUCCGAGGCGCUGCCCGUGUCCACAGCGCAGCCACUGCGAAGAGACGAGAUGGCUUACCAGCGACAGAUGGCUAUUCAGAGUGCACAGUCUGUAUCAACCCGCAGCUUCGGGGGUCAGCUCUCGCGCAAUGAUACUCAAACCGUUCACGCGCCGGCUCGCUCGGCUGGUGCCACUCCCGUCUCAACGCCUCCGGCUGCGUCUACCCCCGUGACGGAAAUGGAGCACCUCAACCUGACGAGCGACUCGGCAUCUGCCAGCCCGCAGGAGCAGGCCCGGCGCAUGCGCCACGCCGCCGUCAUUGAACGAGCUUCGAAUCUCCUGGCGAAUGACCAGACCCGACUCAAGGAAUUCCGCGCCCGAGUCUCAAGCUACCGCGCCUCUACCAUCUCUCCCACCGAACUCAUCGAUGCCUUCUUCUCGCUCUUCGAUACCUCCCCUAGCGAACUAGGAAAAUUGAUCAAGGAGCUCGCCGAAAUUUACGAAGACAGCGGCAAACGGAAUUCUCUCCUCAAGGCGUGGAACGACUGGCGCGCCAUCAACGAGGAUUACCCAGCCCUCCCUGGACCCGGCGGCGUCCUUCCAGGCAUGUCGCCCGGCACCGUCAACGGUAGCGGCGUCGGUGGCAAGCGCGUGCUCCGCCUGAAAUCGUCAACCGCUCAGUCCUCUCGCUCGGCCGUUGGCCGCAGCGGUGCCUUGCCCUCCUCCGCUUCCUCUGCCAACCCUUUCCCCCCUCUGUCCUCCUCCACCGCUCGCUCGGCGCCUCGUACCGCUCCUUCGUCCUCCGCCACUACCACCUGGGGCACCUCGGCCGCCCUGACGCCGUCCUCCAGCCGUGGCUCGUCUCGACCGGCCCCGGCCCCAUCCUCGGCAUCUGCGCGUCCUGCAAACCCCAAGAGCGCCGAAGCCUUCCCGGCUCUCCCGGCCGCCGCGAAACCCAACGUGCUCAUGGCAGGUCUCACGCGCGGAACGGUGCGCUGGGAUAACCGCAGCCCUGCUCCGGUGAAUGCCUGGUCUUCAGCCUCGGGCGGCGAUUCCGGUACCGACGGCGCCGACUUUGAUAUCGAGUCCUCUGCUGGCGGGGGCAAGAAAGGAAAAGGGAAGAAGGGCAAACAGACGCUCUUCCAUUUCGGUUGA